AUGGAUUCCCACUCGGAAAGACCCAGCUUCAAGGGCGAAUUCAUGCUUCCAUCUGGUCCACUAAGUCAGUCGAUCGACAGAUUGUGUGAAAGAGCAUUGAUGGCACUUCCAUUCGUUGGCAUGUUUGUCGGCGUCGACGAGCUUGUGCCAAUCAAGGCAAUCUAUGCUAUCUACGAUCCCAGCAAUUGUGGCAUCGCAUACGUUCGUGGAGAUGGCACAUUCGCUGUCGCCAGUCGUAUUUGCUUUACCAAACAAUUCAAGGACUCCUGUAUACCUCUAUUUCGAUCACAGCGCACUUACCUGCCGGAACUGAUGGCUAGAUCGGCUCUAUACUAUCGUCAAGUUAAUUCUAAAGAGGUGUUUCCUGCCCAAAUCCUGGUCAAAUUUCCGACUCAGAGCUCAGUGAAGGCCUCGCUUACAUAUAUCGGCGACCUAGUUAUGGACUCUUGCCCAGCAUUGUCCAAUUUCGACGCUACACCAAAGGGUCCAGACCUGGCACCGCCGCAUGUUGUCUUGGAGGACAAACCUACGUGGGAUUUCAACACUGCUGGCUUCCAAGCGAUCACUGCCCCAGGCGAUGAUAUUGUCGACAGCAAGUACAUUGACUUCAAGCGUCAGUACCCUACUGUUCGGAUCAACUCGGUGGACUUUCAGCAUGCAGCAUUUUGUCUCGCAGGGUUACUUAAGCAAGGCAUGAUCUCCUUUCUCCACGAAGGACAAAAUGACCGUCGCUUCUUUGUUGGAAACCAAACGCCUGUGAAGCAUCCAGCUUUUGUCACUCCUUUACGAACAGCUAGAGGAUGGACUGUAGACUGCUUCCUUGCACGGUUCGAGAGGUUUCAGGAUAUCUACACGACGGAGACCUACGCCCAGAUUCCAAACCCCGUCAACUGGCUUGAGGCUGAGAUGGCAAAUGAGGCUCGAUUAGAGAGAUGGAACGUUCCGUGGUCAAUCGAGUCUGACAAAAAAGAUGAUUCGGUGGUUAGUUGGGAAUUAUUGAAGGUCAUGCCGUUCAGAACUCGAGGUGAUUCAAAGGAAUAUCCAAAGUCACUAAUCCCAAAGGCUCCACGACCUCUGAGGCUCAAUGACAUCGUCACCAAGUCUGGUAAGCUCAGAAAGUCCAAAUACGCCAAGAAAGAAAGAAAAGAGCGACAGAGGGCAGAUCAGGCAGCAGGUCGUGGGAGUUACGCCCCUGUCGAUCUCGCAGAAGAGGCUGGCUUUAUUCCGGGUCAUAUGGUCAGCAGUCCUAAGGCCAUCAGAGGACGAGACAGGCUCAACCACAAUACUGGUUAUCAAGUGGGCCAGGCUUCUCAUAUCAACAGACCUGAGAUUAAGGCGCCAGUGGCAGGUCAGAAGCGAAAACACAACAAUGGCCAAGGCUCAUUCCAGAAUCCUGCUGUCUUAUCCGACUCUGACGAGCCAGAAGAGAUACAAGAGAAACCUGUAGAGCACAACCACAAUGUCGAGGUCGAAAUUGAGGAUGUCGGCAGCGAUUCUAGCUCGGGAAAACACCGAAAGAAGAAAUCUCGUCGUAAGAGCCAGUCUCGCAAGACAAAAACUUUCGUUCCUGGCGCCGAUGUUCUCUUCGCUUCACCCGGUAGGACUUUAAGAGACGUGGAGGAACUGGGCAUCAGAAUGGGAUCUGCAGCCAGUUCACCACAAGAGAUCCUCCAGUCAUUUCGUAGAGGAUGCGACACUUCUCGCGCACACCCAAAAUUCCAACUGGAUGUUCCAGAGAGUGAUGGGGACCACGAGACAUACAGGAUUGGGAAGGAGAGGAAUGGUAGUCGGAAGUCUGCGCAACAAUUUGAUAUUGGGCGCGGGAGCUCGACAGUGCUAAAGAGACCAGGAAGUUACUACCGCCAAGCCGAACAUGGUCAAGAUGCCACACAUGUGAACUACGAAGAGCCACAUAGCACUUCAUCUUCCAACAAACGCGUGUCUCUUGGAUCUCCCUUCGUAACUUCGUGUUCGGAGCCAGAAUCCAGGAGUGAUUCUAGCUUCGACUUCUCGAACGAUGAAGUUUCGGUCUAUGGGACCACUUCUGGACCUCAAGUACCCAAGUACCCCCAUGAGUUAACCAACAAAUUCGAGAACCGCUCGCCCAAAUUCACCAGACCAGCCGCUACUAGGGUCGACGACAAUGAUUUCAGUCCAAUCGACCUAGAUAGCAUCCGUUCUACACCCACCAGCGCAUCCACCUACGCUAGCGAUAUAGAAAACUUUCCCAUCAGCACAUCCAGACAGCCAACCGUAUCUCUAGAAACCAAAAUCUCAUCACCCAUUGUCCCUGAUAUAAUGCUUUCAACGACCAAGAGCGGCAAAUUAUCCAAUCCACACACCCCGUCACCACAAACAGGUGAUAGAUUCUAUGAUCACAUUGAUCGAGCCCCAACGACUGAUCGUCUGGGGUCAUGCCACUCGAAAAGGCAAGAAAGAACUCAGUGA